AUGUCGUCGCUCCACUUCUGUGCAGAGUGCAACAACCUGCUCUACCCCGAAGUAGACCGCACCAACCACGUGCUCCUCUACGCCUGUCGCAACUGCAACUACCAGCAGGAAUCGCGCGAAUCGCUCGUCUACCGAAAUGACCUCAUGUCCGUCACCAAAGAGCAGCCAGGAAUCGUGGACAACCUGAUGAAGGACCCCACGCUGCGCAGGACGCACGACUUGAACUGCCCCAACUGCGGCCACGGUGAGGCGGUGCUGUUCCAGGAUCAGAGCAAGAGGAUCAUGAACAGGAUGAUUUUGUUCUAUGUGUGUUGUAGAUGCAACCACCUGUUUAGGGAUCCUGCGCAGCCGGCGCCUAGUGCUGGCCCAGGGCAGGUCUGGAAUGAUAGAAAGAAGAAGUAG